AAGUGGAUAUGACAGAAGCACCGCUGAAUACAGUCAUCAGAUAAAUUAUGUGCAUGAAACAGAGGAUGAAGAAAUGCUUAUUAGAUGCCUUCAAUACAUUAUGGCGAUGAAGGACGCUGGAGACAAGAGGCUUAAGAAAAGCUGUAUGUGGCCAUGAAUUAAAAUGGACAAGCAGGUCAAGAAGAUGCCAACCUGUAAACCAGAAGAUAUCUACUGGAUAGAGGGAUCUGAGAGAGAAAAUGGACUGGGACACUUCUAUAUACUGAAACAAGAACUAGGAAGUGGAGCGACCUCUACAGUUUUCAAAUGUGAGGAAAAAGGAACACAAAAGUCGUAUGCUGCAAAAACAAUUAAAAAGACAAUUGAUAAAAAAAUUGUAAGAACUGAAAUUGGAGCGUUGCUUCGCCUGUCACACCCGAAUAUUAUUAAACUGAAAGAGAUCUUUGAGACCCCAUCUCAGAUUAUCCUGAUUUUAGAACUGGUAACGGGAGGAGAGUUGUUUGACAGGAUAGUUGAGCGGGGGUAUUACAGUGAAAGAGAUGCCGCCUGUGUUGUGCAACAGAUCCUGGAAGCAGUCACUUAUUUGCAUGCAAAUGGAGUUGUUCACCGUGACCUCAAGCCUGAGAAUCUCCUCUAUGCAGAUAUGUCUCCAAAUUCCCUUCUUAAAAUUGCUGACUUUGGCUUGUCUAAGAUUAUUGAUGACCAGACAGCUAUGAAGACUGCAUGUGGAACACCAGGCUACUGUGCACCGGAAAUUCUUCGUGGCUCUCCAUAUGGUCCAGAAGUUGACUUGUGGUCUAUUGGUGUAAUUACAUACAUUCUACUAUGUGGGUUUGAACCAUUCUUUGAUGUACGAGGAGAUCAGUACAUGUACAGCAGAAUCCUGACUCGUGACUUUAAAUUCUUGUCCCCCUGGUGGGAUGAAAUUUCAUUGAAUGCCAAGGACUUGGUCCAGAAGUUGAUAGUGUUAGAUCCAAGGAAAAGGUUAACAACUUCACAAGCUCUACAGCACCCAUGGGUAACAGGAAGGGCUGCUAAGCUUUUCCAUAUGGAUCGCACACAAAGGAAACUUCAAGAAUUUAAUGCCAAGCGCAAACUUAAGGCAGCAAUGAAAGCUGUAGUAGCAUCAAGCCGUUUGGGGAAUAAUCAUAGUCAUUCUGAUAAACCCGAAGAUAUGCAAAACAAAGAAGAUCGAAAAAUGUGUAAUAUUUUAGAUGCUGAGGAUGGAGCAGAUAAAUCAGAGGGUCCCUUACAGGGCCCUGUAAGGCAGAAGCACACACUGAGUGCAGAUGUGGCAUACAAUGAGACAACCAAAUAAAAUCCAAACUGGUAAUGAUUUUACAGUAUGAACAACAUGGCUUUAGAUGGAAUUCAGAAACAUUUUCUAUAGGUGUUGAAGUAAACAGACUUGUUGAUGCAAGAUCAGCUAUGCAUGCACAUAUUUAAAAAAUAUAUAUAAAAUACUAAAUAUCCACUACAAUUUACUAUGAAGACAUUGUAGCAUAGGUCUGCAGCGGUUCCGUUGCAAAACUGCAACAAAAAUCCAACAAAAAACACAUGUACUACGUGCGGUUUUUUGCCAUGGAAAAGCCAGCAGACUUGCAAAGGGUGAAAUCUGCUGGGGAGAACUGCAGCAUAAAUUGGCAUGCUGCAGAUUUUAAAUUCGCAGUGCAGCUCAAGUUAUGCUGUUUUUUGUACACAGUGUGUGGAUGAGAUUUCUGGUACUGUACAAGUUGUAAACCCAGCCUAAACUAUAAACUCUUCGGUCAGAUACGACACAAGCUGUUCUUGCAAAAAGAUACAAUAAUUCCCUAGACAUAGAGACAACUGUUAGGCCGGGUUGACAUCACUGUUUCAUUUUUCAUCCUUCUGAUUUGUUAGAAGAACAGAUAAAAAACUAACAAAGAAUCAAUCCUUUAUUUUCAGCAUUCAUUGUGCUUAUUUUGCAUAUAAUUUAGUCAUUUCGACAAAGGACCUCCAUCAAAAAUAACAGAUCUCAGACAGAACCGACUAUGCAACAUAAGCACAAUGGAUGCUCAAAAUAAGGGAACCGUUUAAAAAAAAUAAUAAUCUGUUCUUCUGAUUGAUUAAAAGAAUCCGAAACAAAACAGUGAUGUGAACCAGGCCUAAUAGAUUGAAAAGAUUUGGCUAAGGUUAGAUGAGUGCAUUUGGAAGCGACAGUAUGUGAAGUGGGGAUACCAGCUCACUGUUUUUGUAAAUCAGAUGUAUCCGUGUGCUCGGUGUCUUGGUUUUUCAACCUCCUUAUACAGGUACAACAAAGCUUAGCAAGAUUUAGACUCCAGCACUCACUU